AUGAGCGUCUCGGACUCCUCACAUCGUCCUUCGGACCCUGGGAGCGUCUCUGCUCCCGCCCAGAAGGACCGCCUUGACCUACCUUUGCCCGACCCGAGAACCCCCUCCUGGCCACCUUCCCCAGAUGAGGAUCCCAGUUUGCCCCCCUUUCCUUUGGAAGAGCCUGUCCCCAGGCCCAUGGCCCCAGGGAGCCUUCCCUCUCCAGUCUUGUCCCUUGAGGAAGAAGAGGAGGAAGACGACCAAGAUGAACAAGACGCGGCAGAGCCCGAGGAGCUGCGCAGCGAGGAACAUCCCAGCCAGUUUUUCGCGGAGGCACAGCGGCUGCGGGAGCAGAGGUUGUUGUUGGACGAAGAGGUGUCAGUUGAGGGGCGAGUAUACGGGGUGCAUCGGGUAAUCUUGGCUGCAAUUAGCAGCCUCUUCCGUGACAGGCUGCUGGGUGGCAGAGGUCCACGACCCCCCCUCAGCCUGGACGUGGCCGCCGGGGCCUGGGAGGCCGUACUGACAUUUGCCUAUGAGGGGUUGCUGGGCCCUGCACGGCUGGGAGAUGUGCUGGUCGUGGCAGAGGCCCUGGGAGCGCCCCGGGUGAAGGCCGUGGCCCAGUGGAGAUGCAAAGGGGCUGGAAGCGCCAGGGAAGAUGAAAAGCAGCCCAGCCAGGCAGAGGAGCUGAGGGAGAACCUGCGGAGCAUUGAGCUCCUAUACCAAGAGGGCAUCGGGUGUGACCUGGAGCUGGAGGCAGGCGGCUGCAGGCUGCGGGUGCACCGAGCAGCCCUGGCCUGUGGCAGCGAGUUCUUUGGUGCCAUGCUCCUGAGCGGGAUGAGGGAAUCCCAGGGCACAGAGGUGUCUCUGCACACUAUCUCUGCCCAGGACCUGCGACUCCUCGUCUCCUUCGCCUACUCCGGGGUUGUGCGGGCAAGGUGGCCAGGACUGCUGAGAGCUGCCCAGGCUGCUCUCCAGUACCAGAGCUCUUCCUGCCUUGCUCUGUGCCAGAGAGCCUUGGCUCGGGGCCUCAGCCCCGCACGUUGCCUGGCCCUGUUCCCCAUAGCGGAAGCCCCGGGCUUAGAGAGGCUCUGGAGCAAAGCCCGUCACUACCUCCUCACCCACCUGCCUGCUGUGGCUUUGUGCCCCACUUUCCCUUCUCUACCGGCUGCCUGCCUGGCUGAGCUCCUGGAUAGCGACGAACUACACGUGCAAGAGGAGUUCGAGGCCUUCAUGGCUGCGUGGCGUUGGUUAGCUGCCAACCCUGAGACCCAGGAGUCAGAGGCCAAGGCCCUGCUUCGAUGUGUUCGCUUCGGCCGCAUGUCCACCAGAGAGCUGCGGAGGGUGCGGGCCGCGGGGCUGCCUCCACCCCUGACCGCGGACUUGCUGCAUCAGCUCCUGGUAGAGGCUGCCGUUCCAGGUCAAGAGCGGCGCAGGGAGCCUGACCAGGCACUGGUAGUGAUUGGCGGGGACGGGCUCAGAGCAGACAUGGCCAUAAGACAGCCGUCGCGAGGAGUGUGGUGGGCGCGCGCCUUCUGCUGCGGCACGGGACUGGUGCGAACCGUGGAGUGGGGGCGGCUGCCUGCCCUGCCUGCCCCGGGGCGCUUCCGGCACGGGGCUGCGAGCCUCGCAGGAAGUGAGCUCUACGUGUGUGGGGGACAGGAUUUCUACAGCCACUCCAACACCCUGGCUUCGACUCUCAGGUGGGGCCCCAGUCAAGAGGACUGGGAGGAGAUGGCGCCUUUGUGCCAGGCUCGGAGCUUUUUUCCCCUGGUGGCGCUGGACGGACUACUUUAUGCCCUGGGCGGCCGAAACGGUGGCGUCGCCCUCAACUCUGUGGAGACCUAUCACCCCGAGCUGAAUGUCUGGAGGCCGGCACCUGCUCUUCCAGCACCACGCUUUGCCCACGCAGCUGCGGUUCUGGAGGGCCGAUUGUACGUGAGCGGUGGCUGCAGCGGGGCUGGCCAAUACCUGGCCUCAUUGCUGCACUAUGACCCCAAACUUGAGAAGCCAGGGGUGCUUCUGAGCGCUAUGGGGGUACCUCGGGCUGGCCACGUCAUGGCCGCUCUGGGUGGACGGUUGUAUGUCGCGGGUGGGCUAGGUGAGACUGGGGACCUGCUGAGCUUCGAGGCCUAUGAACCAAGGACUGAUAGCUGGACUCACCUGGCACCCUUGCCCUCCCCCCAUGUGGGGGCCGCAGGGGCUGCGCUGCAGGGAGAGCUUCUGGUGCUGGGGGGCUACAGCCACCGUACUUACGCCCUCUCCCACCUUAUCCAUGCAUAUUCUCCCGGCCUGGGCCGAUGGCUCUGCCUGGGAACUCUGCCAAGGCCUCGGGCUGAGAUGCCUGCCUGCAUCCUGACCCUGCCCACUGUGCAGCACAUAGCUUUGGUUCCCACACGGCACCAAACCAAACCUGCUGGGUGA